AAUAUCGUAGGCAAGGGUGAGGUAGAUGACGAUUUAGAGCCAGAAAUCGCUGAAGAAUGCAAUAGUUACGGAGCCGUUGAACGUGUCUUAAUACACGAGUUGCCCGAAGCUACUGAAGAACUUGCAGUAAGAAUAUUUGUUGAAUUUAAAAGACAAGAAUCUGCCGUUAAAGCUGCAAUUGCCCUUAAUGGUCGUUACUUUGGAGGUCGUAAUGUGAAGGUGAAAUUUUGGGAUUACAAUAAAUUUCGAAGAUUCCAGCUGACUUGA